AUGGCUGACGCGAAGCCGCAGACCCUCCGCACGUGGCUGCACUCCGCCGUGGAGUCGCGCGGCGAUGCGGCGGCCAUCGUCGUCACGCAGGGAGGCCCCACCGUGACGCACGGCGCGCUCGAGGCGGCGGUGGAUGCGGUGGCGGCGCAGCUGAGGGCGCUGGGAGUGCGACCCGGCGAUCUGGUGUCUCUCGCUUUUCCUAACUCACUCGAGUUCGUGAUCCUUUUCCUCGCAGUAACGCGUGUACGCGCUACAGCAGCUCCGUUAAACGCAGCAUACACGGAGGAGGAGUUCAAGUUCUAUAUGGAGGACGCGCAGGCGCGCCUGCUCCUUCUCCCCGAGGGCGGCACUCCCAAGGCCCAGGCGGCCGCUGCUGCCUUGGGAGUACCGGUGGCGCAUGCUGGGAGCUACGGCGGCGAGGAAGGAGUCCCCCUGCGUCCCUCCCCAGGCGUCGCCGCCCUCCCCCCCGCCGAUAUCCCGGACGGGCCCGGCCCCGGGCCCACACCGGACCCCGCUGACGUGGCACUCUUCCUGCACACGUCAGGCACGACGAGCCGCCCGAAAGGCGUGCCGCUGACGCACGCCAACCUGGCAGCAUCCAUUGGGAACAUCAUAGACACAUACGACCUCACCCCUGCCGACCGGUCUUACCUAGUCAUGCCUCUUUUCCACGUGCAUGGGCUGAUGGCGGCUCUUCUCGCCUCUCUCUCCUCUGGGGGUUCCGUGGUUCUCCCCGCUUCUGGCCGUUUCUCCGCGUCGACCUUCUGGGACGAAGUGGUGCAGAGCGGUGCCACGUGGUACACUGCGGUGCCGACCAUGCACCAGAUUCUCCUCUCCCGCCACCGCUCCCACGGCCCGCCCACCCUCUCGGGAAAACCCCAGGAGAAUUCUCAGGUGGAAUCCCAGGGUGAAUCUCCCGCCCCUGUUGCCGCCUACCCGCCUCUGCGUUUCAUCCGCAGCUGCAGUGCCAGCCUGGCAGCAGCAGUGCUGGAAGAAAUGGAAACAGUAUUCGGCGCUCCCGUCCUCGAAGCCUAUGCUAUGACUGAGGCAAGCCAUCAGAUGACCGCGAAUCCUCUCCCUUCCAAGGGGCCCCAUAAGGCUGGCUCGGUUGGGGUGCCGACAGGAAUCGAACUCGCGAUCUUGGACGAGCAGGGGAGGGAGCUGGGGGUGGGGGAGCGCGGCGAAGUGUGCAUUCGCGGGGCUAAUGUAACAGCUGGUUACCGCAGCAACCCGGCGGCAAAUGAGGCGGCGUUUGCGUUCGGGUGGUUUCACACGGGAGACGAGGGGAAGAGAGACGAGGAGGGGUAUGUGUACCUGACGGGGCGGCUCAAGGAGCUGAUCAACAGGGGCGGGGAGAAGAUCUCGCCUCUUGAGGUGGACGCUGCACUGCUGGCCGUGACAGGGGUGGCUGAGGCCGUUGCUUUCUCUGCGCCUGAUGACCAUUACGGGGAGGAGGUGAAUGCAGCAGUGGUGUUGGAGCCAGGUGUGUCUCUCACCCAGGAGGAGGUGCAGGAGCACCUGAAGAAUCACCUGGCGGCGUUCAAGCUGCCCAAGCGCGUCUUCUUUGUCGACCAUCUCCCCCGCACCGCCACCGGCAAGAUCCAGCGCCGCUUCGUGGCCCAGGCCAUGCUCACUGGCGAGGCCGCUGCUGCUGCUCCUGCUGCAGCUUCGGCUGCUCCUACCUCUGCUGCUGCUGCCCCUUCCCCCUCCCCUUCUACCACUCUAGACGCCCCUGCUCUAAUCGCCCUCUCUCUUGCUCGUCUCGGCGUCACCCACCUAUUCGGCGUAAUCGGCAUUCCCGUCACGGCCGUCGCCACAGCAGCGCAGCAGCAGGGAAUCCGCUUCCUCUCCUUCCGCAACGAGCAAGCAGCAGGCUACGCUGCAGCAGCCUACGGGUACCUCACAGGCACCCCCGGCGUGCUGCUGACUGUGUCAGGCCCGGGGUGUGUGCACGCACUAGCCGGGGUGAGCCAUGCUCAGGUGAAUACCUGGCCGCUGCUGCUGCUCUCAGGUUCUUGCACGCAGGAGGAUGUGGGUCAGGGGGAUUUCCAGGAGUUGGAUCAGGUCGGCGUGGUUCGGCCGUUUGUGAAGGAAUCCGGGCGGGCGAAGACGAUUGCGGAGAUCCCGGGGGUGGUGAAGCGGGCGGCGGAGGCUACAGUGGCCGGGCGGCCUGGUGCGGCGUAUGUGGACCUGCCGGCCGAUGUGCUGCACGGGAGUAUCUCCGAGGAAGAUGCGCGGAAGCUUCUGGAGGACGUGAAGCCGCUGGUUCCGCUCUGGCGCACCGCUCUGGAUCCCUCUGCACCGCUUGCAACAGCUCUUGAGUCGAGUAUCACAGAGGCUAUUGGUUUGCUGAGGGAAGCUAAGGCACCUCUGCUGGUGGUGGGGAAGGGGGCAGCUUAUGCUCAUGCUGAGAAACAAUUAGCAGCACUGGUGGAAGCAACAGGGAUACCUUUCCUCCCUACACCCAUGGGGAAGGGUGUUUUGUCCGAUUCACACCCCCUGUGCGUCUCUGCUGCUCGCUCAUUGGCUCUUUCCCAAGCUGACGUGGCACUUUUGGUCGGCGCGAGACUGAACUGGAUUCUGCAUUUCGGCCACCCGCCGAAAUGGGCGGCAGGAGUGAAGUUUGUCCUGGUCGAUGUGGACGAAAGCGAGGUGGCGCAGAGGCGGCCGGCGGUGGGGCUGGUGGGCGAUGCCAGGGCGGUGGUCGGGCGGCUUGCUGCGAGGUGGGCGGCAGAAGGAGGACAGAAGCUUCCUGUAGACAACCCCUGGGUGGCAAAGUUGAAUAAUCGUGCUGCCCCAUUCCUAGCCCCUCUCUCCACUCACUCCCCCCGCCCCACCAUUCUUUCCUAUCUGCUCCUCCCGUCUGCCCAGGCCAAGGCAUCAGCCAACAGCAUCAAAAUGGAGUCCCUUCUCUCUCAAGACGCCCACCCCCUCAACUUCCACUGCUCGCUGCGGGUCCUACGUGACAAGCUAGCCGCGCUCCCCCCCUCCGUCACCACCCUGCUCUGCUCUGAAGGCGCAAACACCAUGGACAUGGGCAGAACCGUGCUGCCCCAGUUAACCCCGCGCUCGCGGCUCGAUGCGGCCACCUGGGGGACCAUGGGCGUGGGGUUGGGGUAUGCGGUGGCUGCGGCGGUGGCUCCGCUAGGGGAGGAGGGGGAGAGUGGGGGGAGGGGGAGUUGGAGUGAGGGGGGGAAGAAGGAGGGGAGGGGCGAGCGGCUGGUGGUGGCGUUGGAGGGGGAUAGCGCGUUUGGGUUCAGCGGGAUGGAGAUUGAGGUGAGUGGAUGGAAGCGGGGAAAGGUGAGUCAUAGGCGUAGUGUGAAAGGGCGGGUGCGAGGGAGAGAAGGACAGUGGAAGGAGGGGAGACGAGGGAGUGGUGGCGUUGGAGGGGGACAGCGCGUUUGGACCAUGGUACGAUACAAUCUGCCCAUAGUGGUGAUAGUGAUGAACAACGGGGGCAUCUACGGGGGCGAUCGCAGGGGGCCCGUCACUCUCCCCAACUCCACCCGCAGCGACCCGCCUCCCACCUCCUUCGUGGAAGGCGCGCGGUACGACCGCAUGAUGGAGGCGUUUGGCGGGCGCGGUUACCACGUUACCACGGUGCAGGAGCUUGGAGCGGCGCUCGAGCAGGCGUUUGGGGAGAGGAGGCCUGCGGUGGUGAAUGUGGUGGUUGAUCCGCUGGCUGGUGCUGAGAGCGGCCGCCUCACUCAUAAGAACUAG